AUGCUUCUAGAAUUUGUAUGCGGGGAUGGUAAAUAUGAAGUUCAAUUUAUUCCUAUUGCUGCGCAACAUCAGGGUCCGCAACAGCCGGCCCAAGUUCAGUUGAUACCAGUUAGUGGGCAACAUCAGGGGCAGCAGUUUAUAGUGAUUCAGCAGCCUGCGCUUUCAACGCCAACAAUUCCGAUUCACACUACAGGUAGCGCGCAACAGCAAAGCCAACUUUAUAUUGUACAGCAGCCAGCAAAUGGGCCGAAUAAUCCGCCGCAACAAAUCACCUUUAUUCCGGUACAGAUGCAGCCACAACCGGAAGCGAAGCCAGUUGUGACAAACUUGCAAGCUCAGCCGAGCUUACAACAGGUUCAUACUUCUGAAAUGCCUCAGAUUGAUACUCCUAAAUCGGAAAUCACUACUCUCGGUUCUUCUGUUAGUCAGCAGCGAAUCACAUUAGAUCUCUGGCUCCAUCUAUCAUACGUUUGCAAAACCGCUGUUCUAGGCAGCUUGAACUUCGUGCAAGAUCCGAAUGAUCCUCAGAAAUGGAUUAUAACCAGUGACAAUGGAGAAGGCUUGAAUUCUAUCACUCAGAGUACUUCGUCAAUAAUUAGGCAAUCGGAUUAUGAUAUAGCUCCCAGUGGGUCGAGUGUAGGGCCUGGAGGGACUCUCAGUAGCCCAUUCAAGCAAAAGACUCCGAAAAGAACCGCGUGCAAUUGUCCGAACUGUCAGAAUAACGCCAACACAAAAUUGUACGUUACACUCUUGCUUAUUACAUCAGAUGCGAUUUCUGUUUACAGGAGUGGUGAAAAGCAGAGGCUACAUAUAUGCCAUCUUUGUCAGAAAACUUACGGCAAGACUUCUCACUUGCGUGCCCAUCUUCGGGGCCAUGCUGGUCAAAAACCAUUUGCUUGCGAUUGGGCCCACUGUCAGAAAAGAUUCACCCGUUCCGAUGAGCUUCAAAGACAUAGAAGAACUCACACUGGAGAAAAACGCUUCACAUGCUCACAGUGUUUGAAGAAGUUCAUGAGGUCAGAUCACUUGACAAAGCACGAACGGACACAUUCAGCUUCGAGGGGACAGAAUGCAAUUGACUCUGCCCAGCGUGCUUCGAAGAUCAUUAACAGCAAUUAA